GGGACCAAGGUUGACCGUGAAGACGUGGCAUGUCUUGCAGCCUUGGUUGCUCAGUUCUGGUCGUCUCAAACGCGGACUGGUCUUCAAGUCUUCUCAAGCCUCCACUCGUGCAACGAGCCGAAGGGUCUCGGACAGUCGGGCUGGAAGCCGGUUGCCAUGACGAACCUGCCCUUCCAGCUUUUGGGAAUUUAAGUAAUUGUUGA